CAAAGUUGGGAGCUCCGCCCCCGCCGCGCGCUGCCCCGUCGUCUGGCACCGUCGCCCGCCGCCCCUCGCUCCGACGCGUCGGCCCCGGCUCCCGUGCGCCAUGUCUGGCUCCUCCAGCGUCGCCGCGAUGAAGAAGGUGGUUCAGCAGCUCCGGAUGGAGGCUGGGCUCAACCGCCUGAAGGUUUCUCAGGCAGCUGCAGACUUAAAACAAUUCUGUCUGCAGAAUGCUCAACAUGAUCCACUGCUGACUGGAGUGUCUUCAAGUACAAAUCCCUUCAGACCCCAGAAAGUCUGCUCCUUUUUGUAGUCCAGUAAAUCUUUUGGAGGAUCUCCAGACCAUUUCCCAUGAACCAAUGAAUAGUCAAGAGAGAUAAAGUCGAAGCCUGUACAGAAGCUUCUCUAUAACACAUGUGCCAUAAUUACCAACUUCUACUUUUGUCAGUCCUUAACAUCUACCUCUCUGAAUUUUCAUGAAUUUCUAUUUCACAAAGUUAACUGUUUUAUAUACACUGGCAGUGGCAUACAAUAAAAUACUUAAUGUAAAGGG